GUAAUCUGGAGUCUGCACGACCUCUCCCUUUGUAUUGCCUUCAAAUAUUACUCAUCAACCUAAAGUGGCUAGGCUUAAAUAUACACACCACCCAAAGAAAUCUGUUAAAGUGGUCAUCUGACAACAGGUUACUUUAGUCUCCAGCAGAGGUGCAGAAAUGCCAUCGGAGACUGCUGUACCGCUUCCCCACCCGCUUCCUCCCGAUGGAGGGUGGGGCUGGGUAGUGGUUGGAGCAUCCUUUAUCUCCAUCGGAUUUUCAUAUGCCUUCCCCAAAGCUGUCACAGUAUUCUUCAAAGAUAUUCAGGAAAUAUUCCACGCUAGCUACAGUGAAAUCGCGUGGAUAUCGUCCAUCAUGCUGGCUGUGAUGUAUGCAGGAGGUCCCGUCAGUAGUGUCCUGGUGAAUAACUAUGGCAGCCGGCCAGUGGUGAUAGUUGGAGGGUUGUUAUGCUGUACCGGAAUGAUCUUGGCCUCCUUCAGUAACAGUGUGUUAGAGCUUUACCUCACGGUUGGCUUCAUCGGAGGUUUAGGAUUAGCGUUCAAUCUACAACCAGCCUUAACGAUAAUAGGAAAAUACUUCUAUAGGAGACGACCCAUGGCGAAUGGCUUGGCCAUGGCAGGCAGCCCUGUUUUCUUAAGCUCACUGGCUCCUUUCAAUCAGUACCUGUUCAACAGUUAUGGCUGGAAGGGAAGCUUCUUGAUCUUGGGAGGCAUAUUUUUGCACUCCUGUGUAGCUGGGUGCCUCAUGAGGCCUGUCCAGACAAGUACACGGAAGUCAAAGUCUAAAAGUAAAGUUGGUUCAAGACAUGAAGGAAGUAUGAAGAAAGCCAGCAAGGUGUCAGCAGCAGAGAAGAUUAACAGGUUUUUAGAUUUCAGCCUUUUUAAGCAUAGAGGAUUUUUGAUCUACCUGUCCGGAAAUGUCAUUAUGUUUCUAGGGUUUUUUGCCCCUAUUAUAUUCCUGGCUCCGUAUGCUAAAGACAAGGGAGUGGAUGAAUAUAACUCAGCUUUACUGCUGUCUGUGAUGGCUUUUGUUGAUAUGUUUGCUCGACCGUGUGGAGGAUUAAUAGCCAACUCCAGGUUAGUCCGUCCACGAAUCCAGUACUUCUUCAGCUUUGCCAUCAUGUUCACUGGCAUUUGCCAUCUCCUCUGCCCCCUGGCAGACACCUACCCAGCUUUGGUGGUCUACUCUAUAUUCUUUGGCUAUGGAUUUGGAAGUGUUAGCAGCGUGCUCUUUGAGACUCUCAUGGACCUUGUUGGGCCUGCCAGAUUUUCCAGUGCCGUGGGACUCGCCACGAUUGUAGAAUGUUGUCCUGUUCUUCUUGGCCCUCCCAUUGCCGGCAAAUUGGUCGAUAAAACUAAAGACUAUAAAUACAUGUACAUAGCCAGUGGGACCAUUGUGGUAAUAUCAGGCAUUUAUCUGUUCAUCGGCAAUGCUAUAAACUAUAGACUCCUCGCCAAGGAAAGGAAGAGAGAGAAAGCAAGGAGGAAGAAAUCAGCUACCCAUCCUUCCAGAGACUCGGAGGCUUUGAGCAGAUCAAAACAGGACGAUGUUGCUGUCAGAGUCUCAAAUGCACACAGCCCUCCCUCAGACAGAGAAAGAGAAAGCAAUAUUUAACAUGAGUCUCAUCUCCAACCAGUGUUUAUCAAUUAUGAGUUUCUUUGUGUUUUUUAAAGCAUUGGAAAGGAUUUUAGCUAAAACAAAGGAUCACAAACAGUAACGAAAAUUGGUAUUUUCCUCAAUGACAUGUUACAAAUCAAUAUUUUGACACUUGUUUGGAUAGGUAAAUUCUAAGAUUGUGCACACAGGAAAUCCAUGCAGUGGCUUAUUUGCAUACCUGACUUGGGGUGUUGUGAUAACAAAGAAGAAUUUUUAAGUCUUUCACUGACUUUUUUACCUCUAGCUGUAGAAUGAAAUCUGCAUCCCAGACUCCCCUGGCUUUUGUAAGCAUAUGUCAAUUCUACAAAGUUCAUUUUUUUUUUAAAAUUUGGUAUUGUUACGAAGGAAAUUGAGGACAAGUAUUUCUCUUCACACACAAAGAUAUAUAUCCACACGAACACUGAGUAUCUGGAGACCAUGGAGAAAUAAAUGAAUUUGAAAAAAAAAUUA